AUUUGCAUACCAUUGUAUGGUUACACGGGAGAAAUAGUGAAUAGAUGUGAAGGAUUUCAACAUCACACUGUUAUUCAUGUCUUUGGAGGACUUAGGACACCCUCCUUCACUAUUAUUUGGACCUAUGAUCGCUCUGAACCCUUAUCAACGCUGAUUCUGCGACAGGUUUCUUGACAUUUUGUCCGACGGAAUUUUACGAGAGCGCCAUUGGGAGAUGUAAUAUUGUGGCCUUGGAACUGAAUAAAUGUACUCUCUCUUGAUGACUUAAGAAUACAUAUAAUUAUGAGUGGUCGUCCGAGGACAACUUCCAUAACCGAUGCUGGAAAAAGUGGUGCUCAUGCCUCAUUUGGAGGGGUGAAAACAGGGUUCAGCAAAGAUGGAAACAAAAUAACGACCGUUGUUGCUACGGCGGGCACCGGACCCGACCGUCCCCAGGAAGUCUCCUACACAGAUGCCAAGGUAAUUGGUAAUGGCUCAUUUGGAGUUGUGUACCAGGCCAAACUAGUCGAGUCAUCAGAACAUGUCGCCAUUAAAAAGGUUCUUCAGGACCGGCGCUUUAAGAAUCGAGAAUUGCAGAUAAUGAGAAAGCUUGAGCACCAGAAUAUAGUCCUGUUAAAAUUUUUCUUUUAUUCAUCAGGUGAUAAGAAAGAUGAAGUGUAUUUGAAUCUAGUGCUGGAGUAUGUCCCUGAGACAGUGUAUAGAGUAGCCAGACAUUACAGUAAAAGCAAGCAAACCAUACCCAUUAUAUAUAUCAAGCUAUACAUGUACCAGUUAUUUAGAAGCCUUGCUUACAUCCAUAGUCAAGGAGUCUGUCAUCGUGAUAUCAAGCCACAAAACCUUCUACUUGACCCAGAGUCUGGUAUUCUUAAACUCUGUGAUUUUGGGAGUGCUAAAGUUUUAGUUCGCGGGGAGCCCAAUGUUUCUUACAUAUGUUCACGGUAUUACCGUGCACCAGAGUUGAUAUUUGGUGCAACUGACUAUACUUGUCAGAUAGAUGUGUGGUCAGCUGGUUGUGUAUUGGCUGAGCUGUUGCUAGGACAACCAAUUUUCCCUGGCGACAGUGGUGUGGACCAGCUGGUUGAAAUCAUUAAAGUCCUUGGCACACCCACACGGGAACAGAUUCGUGAGAUGAACCCUAAUUACACAGAGUUUAAAUUCCCCCAAAUCAGAGCGCAUCCCUGGUCAAAGGUACUUACCGUGUUUCGGCCACGCACUCCCGCCGAGGCCAUACAGUUGGUCAGUCGACUCCUGGAGUAUACACCUGGCUCCCGGAUCAGCCCCCUUGAAGCAUGUGCACAUACAUUCUUUGAUGAGCUACGAAAAUCUUCAACACGACUUCCCAGUGGCAAGGAACUGCCACCUUUAUUCAACUUUACUCAGCAAGAAAUACAAAUUCAACCGGCACUGAAUACUGUUCUCAUACCUCCACAUUAUCGCGGCACAAACGCGACAACCGGGGGAGGGACCCCGGAGACUGGUGUGGCAAAUCCUGGAGGGGAUGCCACUGAUACUCAGGGGGCCGCAGCUGCCGGCAACGCGUAACUAACGCUCUCCACAUAGACAAAGGGGCGUAAUUUUAUUGAAGUGUUCGUCUCACAGGGAGUCAAGUUUGUGUUAUGACACCGAAACUUUAACCAUGGUCAGAUAUUACUAUAAGAAUCUACAGUAACGAUCAGAUACAGGAGUGACCGUUAAGAUGGUGGAACAGGAGCAGCUGUGAAGAUGGGAGUGACUGCUGUGAUGUGCAGAAAGUUAGCAAGGAUCACAAGAAGGCAACAUCAUUCUGGAUUUUACAGCUGUACAAACUCUCUUAGAGGAAAGACCAUCUCUCAUUACAACAGACAAAAUAGUUUAGCACACUUCAAAAACAACAAGAGAUGACAGACACGUGUUGAGAUAAGAUGCAUGAUAUCACUAAUGUUUGACAAACCUUGGUACAAUGAAACCAUUUUACAUUUUAAUACCAAAAGAACACUUAGUAACCUAUUAUAAUGGUUUAUAAAUUGUAGUUUGAAUUCAAGUGAAACCCUGACUGACAUAUCUUGAUAGACUGACGAGGCAAUGACUGAUGAAUUGUAGUGUGUAGAUGAAGUUUGAUGACAUUAGGAGGGAAAGGACUCCAGCUGCCAUGCCACUUUAAUCUACAGGCUACGAAAGUAGAAAAGAUGUAAUGUAUCGGGUUUAGUGAUUAUAAUCACUCUGUAGGGAUGACAGCAUGUUGUCAGUGUAUGUCAUUAAUUUGAUUUGACUAUCAAGACUAUUUACAUGUCAUUAAGAGAUGUUAUGACAAGUCUGCUGUAAAAGUAGUGUCUGCUGUCUGUUUGAACGAAUAGCUUCUGAGGAUGCUGGUCCCAAAUGAUGAUAAGAAAUCGUUUUAAUUUUGGAAUUCCUUGCAGGAAUGAUAUAGCUCGUUGAAAAGUCAUUUACUGGAAGAGAAAACUACCUGUGAUGAAGGCACAUUCUCUGUGAGAUCUUCGCUCCGAGGACAUAAUUUAACUGUGCAUGUUAGUAUGAGAGGGUCGAGAGAGUGAGAAAAUACGAAAUUCUUAAAAUAGCUAUGAAUGUAAUAGUACUGAUGUGUUGGAAUGAUUGGAAAACAUAUUCCGAUGCGAUUUUAAAUUAUGAAUGUAUUUUUUUUAUGUCUGUUGUGGCAGACUUUGGUGAUCUAUGGGGUGACCAUUGAUUGGUUUUUAGUCGGUUCAUGCUUUAAUAAAUCUUUAUGUCUGAUGAAAAUAUUUAUAAAAGUAGACUGAUACAGUGGAGAAGGAAGAGAGAAAUUUUGCUCCAUGAAGAUUUAGUCUGUAUUUAUAUAGUAGUAGUCAUUUCAAGGUAGAGUUCUGAAUUGUUUCCUUUUCAUGCUCAAUAAUUUGAAAAUGAAGAGUUGUACAUUUUAUGCGCAUGGUGUAAAAUCUUGUAAAAUUGUACUCUCACCUGUUUUAUUGGAUACAUUUUAUGGAAACAAGUUACAAGUAUUUCUUUUACGAAAUUUUAUUCAAUUAAACUCAGUAUAUCUUUUAUCUGAAGUAAACCAAGACAAGUAUAUAGGACGAUGCUGAUCUUAUUUUCAAGAAAUUUCAAGAUGUUAUUUGUCUGAAAAGGAGAUGAAAUCACAGAGGAAAAGCAAACAUUGUUAUCUGCUAUGUAUAGUAAAUUUCUACAUAGAGCUGAUUACAACAAAAUUGAUAACGAGAACAAAACACCAUAUUCAGGUAGAGGUACAUCAAACCAAUAUUUUUCAAAUUUUAUAAAGUUACCUAAAAUGUGAAGAUACAUACUUAAUAUUGCCAGUAUAGUGGGAAAUCAGACAAGGUCAGGAGUGUCCUGAUUUUUUUGUUGGAAAGUUCCUUUUCUUUAAAUAGAUGUACAUGUAUAGAUUUUACCAAGAGGAGAUAACUGUCUUUGGUUAUUAUUGUAAUCAAUUUUCAUUGCUCCACUUCUACUCUGUAUGAAUUGAUCUAGUGCCAACUCAAAUUUGACGACAUUCUGAUUUUUCUAGACACCAUUAAAAUUGUUUUUCUUUUUGUAUAUUCUUUAAAUAUCUAUGUGUUCAGAGAGUCAGGGGUAUACGAAAUUUAUUGCCGUUCUUUGUAACAUGAAAUAUACACAAGAUAUUUUACAUUUGAGAAAAAAUGACAAAUUUUGUAGACAUACAAAUGGUGGGAGAAGAGUUAUUCGUGCAUGUGACAAGAGAUUGUAUUUGUUGAAUAUUAUUUCCAGCUUUACAGCUGUUGAAUAUUCAUUAAUCAGUUUCAAGUGAUUUCAAUAUUACAUUGUAAAGAGAAAUACAUUGUUUUAUUAAUUGACAUAGAAACUGAAUAGCCGAAAAUUUGAAACAGAUUUUCAAAACUCUACCAAAUUGAAAUUAUCAGCUUUUAUUUGAAUAUUGUAUGGAUAAUUGAAAUGAUUUUAUUUUUGGUAAAUUUUAAUGAGGCAUUGUUAUUUUCAUUUUCUUUAUUUUUUUUAAUUGAAUUUUCAAUUUCUAUUUUAUGACAGUUGUAACAUGUUAUCUUUCAAAAGACGACCAUUCCAGACACAGACUAAACGUGAACAAACAUCAUUGUGUACAUUUUAACUCUGUAGCAACUGCCAAUGUUACUGGUGUCUGUGUAUGGUUCUGUGCUAUAAAAUCACACCAUCUUCAAGUGUAAUGAGCGAGGGAGAUUUUCCAAAGUUAAUGAUUUGCAUGAAGAAUUCAGUCAAAACCAAUUGAAUGUGUUUAUGUUACACUUCAUAAAGCAUUCACUCUGUCACAAGUGUGAUAGUUUUUGUAUGUGUGACAAUUUAUGCUUUUUAACAGUGUCCGAUUGGUGAAGGGGGGUGGCGUGAUGGUACCGUGAUCCUCGUUAUACCAUGUCACAAUGUGACAAUUAGUCAUACUAACAGAUCAUGUGAUUCAGUGAUUGUGUAUGUGUCUGUAGCAAUGUAGAGCGAUAGUAGUCAUGUCACUUUCAAUUACAUGUGGUUUGUUUUAUAAACAAGUGAAUGUGUUUUAUUUUUUGCGACAAACAGAAUGUGGCAUUACAUCAUAUUGCUGAAUGAAUUUUUUAAGGGAUGGAUGAAUAUCGCUGGAAUCUUGACCAGGUUUCAUCAUCGAUGUGUGUAAAAUUUACAUAAAAGAGGUUUAUUUUGAGUGUAUGUGAUGCAUUGAUGACGGUCAGAUUGUCGUUAAUUGGUCACUGUACAUACCUUUGCCAUACGAUGUGCUCCUUAUGUCAUGACCUCUGCUUUUGUAAUGAUAGUCCAGCUCAUACAAAGGACAAAUGAUCUGAAGCGCAUUUUUGGGUACAGAAAAUGAUAAAACAUCGGAAGCUUAUUUUUCGGUGCAGAAAAAUCUUCAUCCUUCUGAUUUUUCCGAUUACCGGUAGACAUCCACAAAUUUAAAAAAAGGGAAAAAUUUUUCGAAAGCAAGUUUGUAAGCAUUAUCAGAGGCUUAUCCUUUUAAAUACCAUGUACCAGGAUAUGUUUGUUAAACAGUUUCAUUUUUGAAUGAAUCUGACAUGUUUUAUUGAUUGUAAGUUAUUGGAGCUAGAAGUACUGUACACUAGAAAAUCGGUGAUUGAAAGAACAAAAUGAUCUGCACUUAAUAUAAGGUGUUCUGCUAGUGAUUUUGUUUUAAUGAAAUGUGUAAUUUACUAAACUAUAGACAAGUGCUCACAAAUAUCAUUUUCAAGCAUACUGUUUACAUGACUGAUAGCAGAAACCCCAAUUCCAGCAUUGUGUAAAAUAUGCAGUUGUACCCAGUUACAUUGUGGUAAUGUUAAAUGGUUCAUGUCUUUUGAUCCCAACGUUUAAGUCUCGUGUGCAUUUUCCCUCUAUGAAAGAAGUAGUAAUUUUGAAAUCACUAUAGCUAUCUCAAAUACCAGUAUAUAAGAAUGGAACUUGACAAAGGCACAUGAAAGUGAUGUAGUCUCACAGGUCAUAGAGCUAAAUGUUUGUAAACAGUCCGAUUUUUUACUUAUAAGCCAUUCAUUCACUUGUAAAGAAUGGCUAUUUCGUGCAUUACGAAACUUGUGAUUUUUUAACAUGGUUAUAUUACGAUAUACUGAGUGAAUUAAUCACUUUUUAUUAUUAUUUUUUUUAUUUUUUUUUUUCAUUGCAUUGAAAAAGAUAACAAAACCAAUUCAACAUGAGUGGGAACCACCAUGUUUUAUGAUACCUUGGCACACCCAACACUCAGUAUUGAGCUGGUCCCAAUCCAAGGAAAGGACAGUCCAAUGUUUGAAUGUGGGGUGGAAGGGAGAACAUGGCCAUGAUGCAUAUAUGUCGUCAUAAUUCUACAGUUGUAAAUAAAAGAAGAAAAACAUUAAAA